ACGCAUCCUGUACCCGAGUUUUGGACUUUUUCUUUUCCAAAAAUGUUGAAUGAAGAUAAAAACAGUGGCACAACGGACGGAAAUGACAGCUUAACAGAACACCUAAAUCGAUUGGGAGGAUGAUGAUCAUGCCAGCUACCUCUGUCGCCUGAGUGGUCAUUGAUCUUUGCAUGCUAUUCCCCACUGAUUGUUUCCCCACACAGACUGGGCUUAUGCAACUGUAGACACCAAAGUCCGGGAUCACGGCACCAGGUCAUUGCGUUACGUAAUAUGUGUGGUCUCUCUGCUCUAAUUUUUGACGACCGCUAGAACACUUGAGUUGAAGACAGCACAAUACAGUGCAACAUGCCGCAUAAGCGAGCCAAGAGGUCCGUCAGGGAAGCCGAAGUCGCCAAGAAAGGUUUCAAUCUUGCGCCAAAGUCAUCUUCGGCCGUGGAUGAUGCACCAAAGUCGGCCAGCAGAAUACUCAAUUCGUGGGCUGUACAGAGCUCCUUCCGCGCUUCGGGGCGGAAGACGUCUGAAGAUACGGGCGAGAGAAAGGGCAAGAAACGAAAGGUGACCGAUGGCAAGACGGACGAGGCGAGGACAACGAAAUCGCAGAAACCUAUCAAAGCCUCAAAGUCGAACCAAAAUCCUGGAGACGACUCCAACAAGGUCAACAUGGCUGGUCCGUCUGUCCCGAGAAUUAUGCCUCAUGAAACGCUUGGAGAUUAUAAUCGACGGGUGGAGUCUCUGCUCAGACCUGGAGUCAGUAAAGCCAUCAAGGCUGCCCAGCAACGGCAAGGAAAAGCAGCGAAGGGAUCCAAAGGCAAGGAGAAGGAGGGAGACCAUCCCACUAUGCAGGCCCGAGGCGGUGAAGUGGAGGAAAAGGACAACGCGGCGGGGCCGGGGCAGAAACAACGCAAGAGAAAGCAGGAAUUCGACGUUGCACCUGUUCGCAAACGAGUCAAUGACAUUGCCCAAGCUCCUCCCACGCUUUUGCAUCUGAAGAAGGGUCCUGAUAGACCAUCAUCCGUUUGGGGCGCGAAAGGAUUAGGGAAAAGUGGCUUGAGCGCUGGGCAGGAGAGGAUCUUGGCAGAGGAGAGGGAACGGGUGGUGAAGCGUUAUAGGGAGAUGAAGGCACAAAGAGAGGCAGCGAAAGAUUCCGCAGGCGAGGUGCGCUCGUACAAAGCAGGUGCAACAGACAGGCUGUCAGAUUGACCAUAGAGAUGCAGU